AUCAUAGCGACUAUUUUUAUAAAUAAUAAAUCUAAAUCUGUUUUCGCUAUGCAAGUUUUCUCUAGUAAUUCUUUAUAUGAGCUGUCAAUAUGAAACGAGUAGUUAAAUCUUUGGUUUGUUUGCCGCUGUUGGUGCUAGCAUUACUAAUGCCGGCAAUUCUAUGCUUCCAGAAAGAAAUGACGAUUAUUAUAACACCCGGAGGUAGAGAUUGCUUUUACGAGUCCGCGAAAGCAGGCCAGAUUGUCGAUAUUGAAUAUCAAGUUAUCGAUGGCUCGCAUGGUGACUUAGAUAUUAGCUUCGACUUGGCGGACUCGAACGGACGACUGAUCUAUUCUGAUUAUAAGAAAUCAGACAACAUUCAUCGUUUCAAAUUGCCACAGGACACAGAGCUCUCUUUCUGCUUUAAUAAUGACUUCAGUCGUAUGAACAGCAAAACUGUGUUUUUUGAGAUAAUCAUUGAAAAGGAAGACGAUGAUGCUGGGUGGAGUAACUUUGAUAUUCUUGAAGGGUUGAGUCCGGAAGAAUUCUAUGACAUGAAAGUACAGGACAUAGAAGAUAUUAUCAAGCGUGUUAGAAAUAACCUGACGAAAGCUAGGCAGUUCCAGGACAUGCUUCGAUCGCACGAAGCUCGUGAUCGUAAUGUUGCGGAGGAGAAUUACUUUAAGGUCAAUGCAUGGUCCUUUUUUCAGAUAAUCAUAAUGGUAAGUGUAGGUUUCUGUCAGGUUGUUAUGGUGAAAAGUCUUUUCGAUACGGAUUCGAAAGCCCAUAAGCUAUGGAGAAAGAUGUGAUGAUUUUUAUCACCCGCGAAAGUCAAUUACUAAGUCAUUUUCAUUUUAAUCAUCACCACGCAUCCAAACUCGUGCGCAAAAAAUAAAUGAAAACUAUCAUACUGUUAAUGCCAAAGCAACCUUAGAAGAGAAUAAACUGGACACACAACGACAAUUUCUAGAUUUUUGCUAAGCUAGUAAAUAUUAAUUUUUCGGUUAAUGGAAAAAACGUAAAAUUUAGUUUAAAAAUAUAUAUUUAUUUCGAUAUGUAAUAUUCUACAGUUUUUUGCUACAACACAACAGGAUGUAAAACCACUAAAUUUUGAAUACGGACCGCAAUGUUUUAUACAAGGAUGGCGUGAAUAGAAAUUGUAUGCAUUCAGUUAGGUAUAAAAGAGUGUUCUAAAAUUUAACAGCAAUUUCUGUAAAUACACCGCCUGUGAAGUUUUGUGUAAAUAUGUCUCCUUCAUAUCACACGAGUAGAGAUUUUGCUUGAGGCAGCAAAAUUAUUGUGCUGAUGUUCAUACUUCAUGAUUGACUACGAAUAAUAAUAAAUAAUUACCCGCCACCACCACCGUCGAGGAUGAAUCACAAACUAUUUUACUAGACGUAUAAGGAGCGUAUGCUACGCAUGCUCUCUAGCCGAUGCUUAGCGUCAUCUGAUAGUAAAGGGCAGUUCAUCAUGUUAAGCCACACUAAUGUUCGGCAGUGGUUGAUGACGUGGUCCACCGAUGCGUCAGUAAGCGUACGGCACCCGUCUAGGUUCAAAAGUUUUAAUCGUUUCAAAUCACGGCACAGCAUCAACACUGCACUGUCACAGAUCCUUUUGCAUGCAUCCACAUGGACAUAUUCCAACCGAGGACAUUGUCGAACUAGUGCCCGAAUACCAAAAUCCGUAAUAUUCAAACCUCGUAGGUCGAUCUUUUUAAGUCGAGAAAAACUUAGCGCAACGAGAGUUUCGUCUGAGAGAUCGCGACAUCUACUUAGAUUCAAAUAGCACAGUUUGCUCAAGUUUGUCACCGGAUAAAACCGAAUGCGCUCAAAAGGCAUGUUCACACUGUCGAAAACGGUUCGACUGAAGAAGCUAUCAUCGAUAUCGAAUGUACGCUGCAAGUUUAAAUAUUCCAAUGAUUUAAGAAACGCGAAUGAGAGCUGCAGAUCAUGAAUGUUUUCGUACGAGCACUGGUACAGUGUUAAACUACGAAUGUUGGGUGUUUUCUCAAAGAAUCGCGGUAAGGUGUUGCGCGAAAAUGUAGCCGCCGAUACGUACAGCUUUUCAAGGUGCGGAUUUUCAUACGCGCUUAGAUCCAGAUUGCCAGCCACGUGGGUUGCAUCGGUGAUCUUGAGAUACUCCAAUCGUCGCAUAUUGCACAGGAACGAUUGCUGCAAAUUAUGCACACGACAGAUGUGAAGUUUUAUGCGCUUCAUAUUAGGCAGAUU